AUGACGAGGAAGGCGUACCGCUCGUCGCUCUCGGAUAGCAUGCAUCCAGGGGGACCCACGACGAUGGACGUCCUCAUGCGGUGGAUGACGAUACCCGGCAACGCAAAGCGCUGGCGCAUGGAAACGCAUGGCUCGCUCAUCCGUGAGGUCGUGGAGAUGAUGCAGGAAGAAGGACUGGCGCACCGUAAAGCUCCGUUUGUGCGCUAUAAACUGGACGCAAUCGAGAAGCAGUACGUCGCUGCUAAGCAGUGGUUACUCGAGACGGGUAUGCACGAUUCGUACAUAAGGGGGAAAGCUGCAAAAGAAGUUCGGGCUCAUGUAGAGAGCGUGUGUCCGCAGUUCAAAAGACUGGACGUGGCGUUUCGAGGCCUUCCGUUCAGCAAGAAGAGUGCAGAGACAAUUGAUCUGGACGGAGAAAGUACAGAUGACUUGGCAGCGGUACGAGAUGAUGAAGAGGGGGACGAGAGUGGGGAAGAGAAUGAGGGUGUGGACGAGGUGGACAAGAGUGACGACAGCGACGACGAUUGGGACAAGGAGCAGUCAUCAUUGGUGUCUACUGCAGAGGAAAGAAGGAAGCCGUGUUGGUGA